UCAUGACUGUAGAUUACUUGCAAGUGACUGUGGCUGAAGACUGGACUUGAGGCCUCCAAUGACUCUGGACACUCACACUAGGCACGACUGACCUCAGUAAAGACCCAGGAACUAAAAGAGCGAGCUAGCGCCACCCAGGGCUUAUAUAGGGGAGACGAGCAGGGAGCCCACAGGUCACCCCUAGGAUCACCUGGUACCUCCUGGGUAGCAAUCACAUGGGUCUCCAUUUAUGGUCUUGUCAGUAUCGAGAGAUUGCAGCUGCCAUCGUGAAGAAUCUACAGUAUCUGUUCAGCACCUCCUCCUCCUGUUCCUCUUCCUCCUCUUCUUUCAAAGCUAAGCCAGUCCACGUCCUCAUUGUCUCUUCUUGGAGAUCUGGCUCCUCAUUCAUCGGCCAGAUCUUCAAUCAUCACAAGGAUGUCUUCUACCUUUUCGAGCCUGGUCAUCCCGUCUGGAUGAAGUUUCAGAUGGAGAGUUCUGAACUUUUGACUUAUCCGGUGAGGGAUCUCCUGCAUUCUCUGUUCACUUGUGAUGUGUUGCCCCUCACCCAUUACCUCCCCAAGGGAGGAAAGCAUAUUGAUGAGAUGAGGUUCUUCCCAGAAAGUCGAGCUCUUUGUACUCCUCCAGUUUGUUCAGCCUACAUUCCACCUGAGGGCUACGAUAGGCAAACAUGUUUUUACCGUUGUGCCAACUCGUCUAUGGAUAAAAUGGCAGAAGCUUGUCGGAUGUAUAGUCACGUGGUAAUGAAAACCGUUCGAAUCUUGGAUCUUUCCGUCCUUCUUCCCCUUUUACAGAACCCAAACCUCAACCUACGGAUCAUCCAUCUCGUGAGAGACCCUCGAGCAGUUGCCUUGUCAAGGAAGGGCUUCCCUCUAACCAUCGAAGACAGUAUUUUACUAAAAAAUGAAGGCGUUCCUAAGAACAAGAACCUUAUAAUAAGCCAAGUCAUGCGGAAGGUUUGUAACGCUCAGGUUGUCAUCAACAAACUGGCCAGGACAGAUAAAUCCUUGGAUGGGCGUUAUAUGGUCCUACGUCAUGAGGAUCUUGCAAGAAACCCGUUAGAAAGUAUAACACAAAUGUAUAAUUUUUCUAAGCUCCAACUCACCGAGGACAUGAAACAAUGGAUGUAUAACAUCACCCACACAGAGAUUAAGGGGCUAGAGCAAUUUAUGACGUUCUCCAAAAACUCCUUCAAGGUCAUCACGAGAUGGAGGACUGGAGCAGAUUUUAAUUUAGUCAACCAAAUUCAACAAAUGUGUAAAGGAGCCAUGAAAGCGUUCGGUUACUUACCGGUAAAAACAAAGAAGGAGCAGGAAAAUAUGGCUGUAGAGGUAAUAAAAGAAAAGUGGUCUCAGACGGAGGACAGUACACGAAUAAAACUGAAACACUAGCGAAAUAACAGAAUUUUUUUAUAUAAAGACUGUGUAGAUAAGAUAUGUGAUACUUAUACAACAUAUGACAUCCUCCCAAUCUGCCUUCUCCCCUCACACAGCACUCCUGCCAGUUCCCUGCACAGAUCUGUUGCAGAACAUCUCACUUCAAAGCAGACUAUGGCACAAUUUGUGGGGUUGCAGUGUGGUAUUCAUUCCUGUCUGCUCCUCUGCCUGUGGUAUUGUUCAGCACAAGUACAAGUAUUGUGCUGGUAUUGUUCAGCUGUAACCACACCUCAUUCUUCGAUAAAUGCCCCAUUAAAAUAAAUAUGUAUAUACAUAUAUAUGCCAGGGAGAUGCCAAUGUAGGCUGUAGGGUUUUGUCAGAUGUAAUGAUUUCACUAGGGGGUGGGACUAGAGCGCUGAGAGAAUAUCCAGCCACGUUUCCUAAAACAGCAGAGGAUGAUGCGUCAUUUCAGGAGAGUGAGGAGCUACCACAUCUUCAUGUCAGGAAAAAGGGAGGAGCUGGGGAGAUGCUGAGACAAAACAACACUGACAAUGGGAGGACUAUACAACUUCCUGUCAGGAAAAAGGAAGUAGUUGGAGAACUGCUGAGACAACACCACACUGACAAUGAGAGGACUACACAACAUCCUGUAAGGAGAGAGGGAGGAGCUGGGGAGCUGCUAAGACAACACUACACUGACAAUGAGAGGGCUACAACAGUUUGAGACAACAGCACACUGAUAAUGAGAGAACUACACAACUUCCUGUAAGGGAAAAGAGAGCAACCGGAAAGCUAUUCAGACAACACCACGCUGACAAGAGAGGACUACACAACUUUCCAUCAGGAGAGAGGUAGAAGAGGGGGAGCUUCUGAAACAACAUAACACUGACAAUAAGAGAAGACUACACCUACCUGUUAGAACAGAGGGUGGAGCCAUGGAGCUGCUGAGACAACACGACAUAGACAAUGAGUGGACUACACAACUUCCUGCCAGGGGGGAAUCACACUGAAGCCUGUACAGUUUGUGAUAACACUAUGUUAGUAAAGUUAUAUAUCUUGGGGUAUAUUACCAGGAGCUGUCGCAGCAGCUACAAUUCCCCCAGCCAUAUAGAAAACCCACGACAACCCCUUUAAUAAAUGUGGAAAAUCCUUUUAUUGAGACAUGAGAAAGAUUUGGUACUCACUUGAGGAAUAUAGUGACAUGGUUAGAAAUGCCCAUUAUCCUUAAAGGGGUA